AGCAUUGAUUGCAUCAUGGUUCAAGUCCUGAGCAGGGAGACCUCUAUGAAAGACUUUCCACAUCCCCCGCCUCUCUUCAUCUCCACCUCUCAAGCGCUGACAGCCAAUCAGAGCAGCCCUCUGCUGCAGCACCGAGCUAUAAAAACCCUCAGACUGCCAUUCAGCUGCAGACAACAGGGACACAGAGAGACAUCAGAUCCAGUCUUCAAACUGAAACACAUUCUCAAGAUGAAGAUGCCACAGCUCCUCAUCCUCCUGCUGACCAUCCUGGUGCACGCAGCAGCCGGUUUCCCCACAGACAGGAGAGCUCUGCCGGGCCGGGACAAGCAUGCCUCCUGGGACGACGUGAACGUGGUGGCUCACGGCCUCCUGCAGCUGGGCCAGGGUCUGAAGGAGCACGUGGACAAGACCAAAGCCCAGAUGAGAGACGUCAACACCAAACUGAAAGCCUUCAACGGCACGGUGGCCGACCUGGAGAGGAGGCAGCAGGAGCAAGGCGAGGCUCUCAAGGCGAGGAGCAAAGAGGUGGAGGAGAGGGAGAGGCUGGUGGCAGAGCUGGCCGAGGAGGUGAGGGUGAAGGCGGAGGAGGUGAAGAGGCAGAGUGAGGACAUCCAGACCAGGAUGGAGAGGCUGGAGGAGAAGGUGGAUGAGGUGCCAGAUGUGGACAGCAACAUAAGUGAUCACACAGGAGUCUCUUUUAUCCAGAGGCUGAUGCUGUCUCAGAACAGACGCAUCGAUCAGCUGGUGGAGAAAAUCAAGCAGCAACAAGACAAACUGGAAAAGCAGAGUCUGCACCUGCAGACACUGCAGAGCAAGGUUGGACACAAGAGAGUCAAAUCACACAGACGGAGAGAUGAAGAGACGGUGCUGAGAGGAGAGGCGGAGCCCAGCAUAACAGGUUUGGCCCGAGACUGCCACGAUCUGUUUGAACAAGGGCAGCGAGCCAGCGGCGUCUACACCAUCCAACCGGAGGGCUCGCAGCCCUUCAGCGUCCUCUGUGAAAUGACCUCAGAAGGUGGAUGGACCGUCAUCCAGAAACGUCUCGAUGGAUCCCAGAACUUCAACCAGCUGUGGGAGAGCUACAAGAGAGGCUUCGGCAGCCUGAACGGUGAGUUCUGGUUGGGCUUGGAGAACAUCCACUCCCUCUCAAAACAAGGCCAGUACGUCCUGCAGGUGGAGCUUUCUGAUUGGGCAGGACAGCAGCAGCAGGCGGCUCGUUAUCGAUUCCAGCUUGAAGGAGAGCAGGAGAAGUUCAGUCUCCACCUGCAGGAGGAGGCUUCAUCCGGCAGUCAGGAGAAAAUAAUGUCGACCGAAGCGUCUGGUCUUCCUUUUUCCACGGCCGACAGAGACAACGACCUCGCUGCAGACGUCAACUGUGCCGAGAUGCUCUCAGGCGGUUGGUGGUUCAGCAGCUGCGGUAACUCGAACCUAAAUGGCAGAUAUCCCAGAAGGCCGAGCGUGGUCAGACCGCAGCCCAGAAGACGAGGGAUGUUUUGGACGUCCUCAAAGGGACAGAACGUCUCUUUGAAGACAACUCUGCUGAAGAUCAAACCUGCCACGAUGAAACAAUGAGCAGAUCAGUCUCAUACUGGACCAAAGAUGACAUUUUACACUUAACUGUUGACAAAAGACUGAUUUCAUUCCAAUCUGCACAUUAAUGAUCUCCUGAUCAGUCGUCAUAUUUCUAUGCUAUGCUAUAUGAUAACUCAUGUUUCAGUCAUAUUGAUCGCUUUUACUUUAUUCCCUUUAUAAGGGUUUCAUUUCUUAACCUUAUUUUGUAAUAUUUUUGUCAUGUUUUUUUUUUUUAAUACUUUGAUAAUGUGAUGUUUUAUUACACUUUUUAUUUCAUUUUUAUGAAGUAGACGGAAAUAAAGUUUUUAAAGGUUGAAUGAAUUCUGGCUCAUGCUUGGCGGAGUAACAGUGCACAGACACAACGCAUACAAUGAAAACCAUAAAGACACAUAUUUCUACUUGAAGAAAAUAAAAUCUAUUUAUUAUCUUAGUCAUUUUAAAGUUUGUUUUCAUCCAUAUGUACAGUGUCUGUAUAUAUCAUGUUUAUAUCAUCCUGGAUAUUAAUAAGUGUGCAUAAAUAAUGCUUUCUUUUA